AUGGCACCAGCAGCGGCCGCAGGCUCUGGCAAUCUGAACGCGUACGAGCACCUCCUCGAUCAUACAAGGCCAUGGUACAAGAAGCACCGCUUGAUCCUCCUGAACCUAUGGAUCGUACUCUUCCUGAUUACGUCUUCCACCAAUGGUUAUGAUGGCAGCAUGAUGAACGGACUUCAGAGUCUCCCGCAAUGGACUCGCUUCUUCCACAAUCCCGAAGGCUCCAUUCUCGGUCUUCUCAAUGCUAUCCAGAACAUCGGAUCCCUGUCCGCGUAUCCCUUCGCGCCCUAUGUUGCGGAUGGUCUUGGUCGUCGAGCUGCAAUCGGUCUCGGUGCGCUGAUUAUGAUUGGCGGUACUGUCGUUCAAACGGCGUCGCAGUCCACGGGCAUGUUCAUCGGUGCCCGCUUCAUGAUCGGCUUUGGCGUCACAUUCGCAGCCGCCGCCUCGCCACUUCUGGUUACCGAGCUUGCAUACCCGUCCCACCGUGGCAAGGCAACCUCGAUGUACAACACCCUCUGGUAUCUCGGCAGCAUCAUCGCAGCCUGGACAACCUAUGGUACCUUCAAGGUUCAGUCGACAUGGGCAUGGCGUAUUCCGUCUGCGCUUCAGGGUCUUCCCUCGGUCAUCCAGAUCUUCUUCAUCUGGUUUGCUCCUGAGUCUCCUCGUUGGCUUGUGUACCGCGGCCGUGAGGCUGAGGCACGCCGCACCCUGGCGUACUACCACGCAGACGGUAAUGAGCAAGACCCCCUUGUCGAGUUCGAGAUGGAGGAGAUCACGACCGCCGUCCGCCUCGACCGUGAGGUAUCUAAGAACGUCGGCUGGGUUUCGCUCUUCAAGACGCCCGGUAACCGUCGCCGCAUGCGCAUCAUCAUUGCCAUCGCUUUCUUCAGUCAGUGGAGCGGCAACGGUCUCGUCUCGUUCUACCUGAACAAGGUGUUCGACGCUAUCAACAUCACGGACCCCACGACUCAACUUCUUAUCAAUGGCAUCCUGAACAUCUGGAACUUCUUUAUCGCGAUUGGUGCUGGCUUUGCCGUCGACCGCGUCGGUCGCCGCAAGCUGUUCAUCACGUCCACGAUCGGAAUGUUUAUCUGGUGGACGUGCCAGACCAUCUGUUUCGCCCUUGUUCAGGAGCGCAAUGACACGCAAGCCGCCCACGCCGUCAUCGCUUUCAUCUUCCUCUUCUACGCUUUCUACGACCUUGCCUUUACGCCUCUCAUCGUCUCCUACACUGUCGAGAUUUUGCCCUACCCCAUUCGUGCGAAGGGAUUCACAGUGUUCAACUUUACGAUCUCGUUGUCUCUUAUCUUCAACCAAUACGUCAACCCUGUCGCCCUGAAAGCCAUUGGAUGGAAGUACUACAUCGUCUACAUCUGCUGGAUCGGCUUCGAGGCCGUCUACGUUUACUUGUUUGUCAUCGAGACGCGUGGCAGAACCCUCGAAGAGACCGCCGCGUUGUUCGAUGGAGACGAGGCCGCCAAAGAGCUCGCCCAUGGAGCGGCGCUCGCCGCGGUCGGCGGCCCCUCCUCGCCAGACGAGAAGGCAGACAGCAUUGAGGACAUGAGAGACCACGAGCGCAGUGCGUAG